AGAGGCCCCCGCGCGGCCACCGCUUCCGCGCACAAAAUGGCGGCGCGGGUGGGCAGGGGCGGCGGUUUGUGAGGGGCGGGCGGGUUGCCCCGGGGCUCGCCGCGGCCGCUAUGACCUACACGGCGGAGCAGCUGGACGGCGUGCGGCGAAUAAAGAGGUGUCGGAACUACUAUGAAAUCCUGGGGGUGGAGAGGGACGCCAGCGAGGAGGACCUGAAGAAAGCCUACCGCAAACUGGCUCUCAAAUUUCACCCUGACAAGAACCGCGCUCCCGGGGCAACGGAAGCUUUUAAAGCAAUAGGCAAUGCUUUUGCAGUUCUGAGCAACCCUGAAAAACGGUUACGAUACGAUGAAUUCGGAAGUGACCAAGAGCAUGUCAGCACUGGCCAGGCCAGGCACUAUAACUACUACACAGAAUUUGAAGCAGACAUUACACCAGAAGAAAUAUUCAAUGUGUUUUUUGGUGGGCACUUUCCUACAGGAAAUAUCCAUAUGUUCUCAAAUGUAGCCAGAGAUGCGCACUAUUAUCCACGGAGGCAGCGAAAUGAAAGAGCAUGGACGCAGGAGCAAGAGGAGGAAGAAAACAGGCCACAGAAUUCAUAUUCUGCAUUUAUUCAGUUGAUGCCAGUUUUCAUAAUAAUAAUAGUAUCAGUUGUAACUCAGCUGAUGGCCACAAACCCACCCUACAGCCUAUUCUACAAAUCGUCCAUAGGCCAUGUUAUUAGUAGAGAAACAGAGAACUUGCAGGUGCCUUACUAUGUCGACAAAAACUUUGAAAGGAAUUAUCAAGGAGCAGAACUUCAAGAGCUAGAGAAAACUGUUGAAAAGGAUUACAUAGACUAUAUUCAGACCAGCUGCUGGAAGGAGAAACAGCAAAAGUCUGAUUUGUCAAAUUUGGCCAAGCUAUACAGAGAUGAGCGAUUAAAACAGAAAGCAGAAUCGCUGAAACUUGAGCACUGUGAGAAGCUCUCCAGUCUGAUCGGGAUGCACAAAGGGGGCUGACCGGGACACACGUGUUCUGUAGUUUUAUUUAUUGCUGUUUUAACUUAUGGUUUUUAUUUUCCUUUGUAUAUAAAGGGAAGGAGUUUAUUGUAAAGAGUCUGAACAUUCGAUUCCUUCUGCAUAUAGUGCAGAGAUGGGCCAACACAAGCUGUAGGGCUAGUGUUUGCUGUAAUAUGCUGUACACUACAUUUGGUUCUAAGGACCAGUGGCACUUUGUAAAUUAAUUCCCUGGGAAAUGCUAUUAGUUUGGAACCUGUCUUCGUUGGUAGUUCAUCUGCCAUCCAAACAGCGUAUGCUUCCCGGGAGAGCAGACAAAUGUCCCAGCUUUCUGUAUUUUAUAUGGACCUGCAAUUCACUCGAUCAUACAAGCAGCAUAGUUCUCAGUAUUAAGUGCGCUAGCCUUCUGUACUGAUACCAAGUGGAUGUCCUUGCUUCUACAGUGGUUUGUAAUGAGAAUGUAGAUGGAAGGCGGCAUGUUUCCUCUUCAAGUGUAAUAUGCAAUGCAUACUUCAGAAGUGUCAAGUAUCUGCUUCAGGUGAGCACUUGAGCACACUCCCAGCUUUCCCUGCCAUCAAUGGGACGUAACCCUGUGCUUGUCUGACUGUGGGCCCUGCCCAUUCUGUUCCUUGGUGAGACAACACGCCGAGAUGCCAACAGCGACAUCGGACAAGAAGAUGAGGGGCUGUGAAUGGCACCAAUUCCAAUGUCUGCGAAACUGUAAAGAAAGGACAACCAUAUUUAUUUUCUCAUAUGUUUUCAGUGGCUUUUUUUUAAGCUGGCUGUUUAAUUCUGACUUUUAUCUGCAGACUCUUCUCUCCAGCUGUUACAGGGGUCCUGCUUUUUCUGGUACAGUUUUGAUGUAGCAUAUUUUUACUCUGUUAAGCAGUUAUGAAUGUUUCACUGUAGAGAUUAGCAGUGCAAAGAAAAAGAUCCACGUAGUACUGUCCUGUUUUUUCUUGAUCCUCCUUUACAAAACCAGGCAUUUAAAGGCAGGUUAAGGAUGGGUUAUACUCAGCAGCAGCAGAGAACAGUGUUACGCCGGCUGAGUAUUAACUUCCUGAGCCGGUUUCUCUGGUGGCGUGCUGCGGGUGCAUACCACAUGUGGAACAAACUGUUCUUACAAAGGACAUCUCCGAGCAUUGCGGGCACUGGAGGUGCAGGCUUCUGCCCUACGUCCCUGAUGUGGAGACUUAGCGUAGCCACAGCAGAGGCGGUGCUCACCUCUCUGAUGUGGAGGUACGUGUCUAUUAAAACUCAGCAAGUCUCUGGUUUUGCCCCCAUUCCUAAAACUUGCUAUGAGUAGCACAGGAUGCCACAGAUGGCCUUGGCUUAAACCUAGGAAGCGAAGUGCUCAAAAGCUUGAGAUAUGCCAGAAUUAAAAUUGCCUCUAAAGCUUAGGCUUCAAGUCUCCAUGUGCCUGGGCAUUACAGUGCACGGGCAUUACAGUGCAGUCACAUCUUAGUGCUCUGCCCAUGCACUGAGAGUGUCCCGUUGGCGUGGUGCACCAGGCAGCUGGUACCAAGAGCAGAGAACCGGGACCACAGGUACCAGAAAGUGUCCUAGUGGUGUCCCUGUUCUGUCCGUGGCGGUGACGGGAGGCUGGGCAGCAAAGUAGGAGCUGGGAGCAGCAGGAAGAGAAGCUUUUCUGGUGAUCUGCACCAGAGGGGAGGUGUUUGUCUUGGGUUUCAAGAGUUGGUGCUUCUGCAGAUAAGAUAGAUGUACAUGUCCCCUAUAUGAUUACACCAUAGCAACCACAGCAAUGUUGCUGCUAUGAAAUGGUGGUGUGUUUAAAAAAAAUUAACAACGUAGUGACUCCUUAAAAUAGCAUUUUCAUGUUAAUGUUUGUUCCCUAUCAAGGACCGCUUGGGGAAGCUGAGCAGAGUUUGUCAGCCACUCGGGGCAGGAAGAACACCAGUAAAAAUGGCAUUUAGAGGGGACUGUUGUGAAACACGUUUUAGUGUGAGAGUCUGUAAGGGCAAAAGUGUUUAGUUUGAUUAUUCUAGAUUGAUAAUGUGGCUGGCAGUAGGACAGGUGGCCUUAAUUCUGGUAUUUCCCAGAUUUGAGCUCAUAAUAUGAGUAUGUAUAAAAAGCAAAAUUCUUUUAAUGUUGCUUUUUAUAUAUUAAAUAAUUUGUAGACUAUAUUUGAAAUGUGUUAACAUGGUUGGACUUUGUUCCAGGUUUGGUAUCUUCCCUGUCAUUCCUGUUUGACUCCCAUGGCUGAAAGCGAUAUAGGUGGGAAGACCAAGCACAACAACUUUAUUGGACCUGUGAUGUCCUGUAUGGAGCUUGAAUUCAUACAUAGUAUUUUGCACUUAAAAUAGAUUGCACCUUUCAUCCAAAGAUUUCAGAGUGCUUUAUGGAGGUGGGAGGCCACCUGUGAGAAGCACAAAAGUCUUCUCUGUGACUAGGAAAGAGGCCAGGAUGAAGCAGAAAAUAAGACUGAAAGGUAAAAAUAUUUCAAAUAGCAAUAAGAUGUUCUUUGUUCAUAAUCAGUCAAGGGUGUUAUGGAUGACUCUUUGCAUGCCAGUGUUGUGUGCUGUGAAGAAGGGCAUUUGGCUCUAAAAUGUCUUCGGUGAUAAAGAAUUACUCACGAUUAUGUAAAGCACUGGCAUCCUGCUCAAUAAGGGGGGAAAAGAAGAAAAAGUGAAAAUCUUAUCUUGUGGCUGUUGAAGUGCAUUGCUGUUGUUAACCAAAGGUUACUUGCCAAAAUGCGAUUGACUUCUAGUUAUUUCUUGGGUCCCUAAAGGGAGAAGAAGGUGUUCUGUGAGCAGGCCAGGUUCACCUGGAGUGAGCACCUGGUGGUGCCAGCCAUGCCGUGUUCCCCGUGUGUGGCAGUGCUGUGGGGUGCUCCUAUUUCGUGGAGAAUACCAGGGACUUGCAAAUGGGCUUGUGUGUGUAUAUAUAUAUAAUUUGUUUUUUAAUGAAACACUUGACAUUUCUGUGCCUGUCUGUACUGUGGUAAAAAACCUGACUUUGAAACAAGA